AGGCCUGAGCAACAUCAUAGGGAUCAUCGUCUACAUAUCAGCCAACUCCGGGGACCCUUCCAAGAGCGACUCGAAGAAGAACAGCUACUCGUACGGCUGGUCCUUCUACUUCGGCGCUCUUUCCUUCAUCAUGGCGGAGAUGGUGGGCGUCCUGGCCGUUCACAUGUUCAUCGACCGGCAUCGGGAGUUACGUGUCGGUGUGCGAGCGGCCGAUUACCUCCAAGGUGCGGCGAUAACACGCAUCCCGAGCUACCGCUACCGCUAUCGGCGCCGCUCACGCUCCUCGUCCCGCUCCACGGACCCCUCUCACUCCCGGGAGACGUCCCCUGUGGGCCUGAAAGCCUUCGGGGCGCUUCCUUCCACCGAGUUGUCCAUGUACACGCUGCCUAAAGGUCAAACAGGCACCCCGACGGCCGACUAUAACUCCGAGGAGAGGGACCACAACUUCCUGCAGGUCCACAACUGCAUCCAGAAGGACCUGAAAGACUCGGCCGCCAACCGGCGCACCACGCCUGUAUGAAACUGAAUAUCAGACUAUAACAGUGGCGUACAAGAUUACUUCACCUUCACAGCAGCUCAGACUAGUUUCUGUUUUUAGAACUAAACAAGGAGACUGCAUACAAAAGAAACAUGCAUGAUUUCCCAUCUACCAUUGAGUUUUGAAACAUGUUUGUAAAGAUAUAAGAGGAGUUGGGAGGGGGGGUGUUUACGGGUGGUUAUCUGUGGAGUGGUGGGCCAACCUUAUAUUUUAUUACUCUUCCUCAGUGUUAUAACAUGGGGGCGUAGUUGCCCCCUCGGCCCCACCCAAAAGCCCCCCAACAACACACCUCCUAGCCUCCCUCCUUUCUUUAGUUUGCUGUAUCUUCUUUGAUUUAAUUCUUUAUUCGCAUUAAUACUGUGAACCGUUGCGGUGUGGGAUUUAAGCAGGGAGCAAUUCAGGCCUCAAAAAAACUGAGAAAAAACAAGAAAAAAACACAUAAGUUAAUAUGUAUUGAUUAUAUAUGAAUAUAUGAAUAUAUAUGUUAAUAAAAUCAUGACUAGACUUCCCUGGCGCAAAAAUAUCAACGAGAAAAAAGUCAUUUAAUCAAGACGUCGAGGAACACCGAGGAUUCUUCGCGGCUCAUUUGACGAGCAAAGGUUUUCGACCCGAUGAACUGAUAUUGGUUAGUAUUAGACGCGGUUACUUUAUUUUACAACAGUAACAAAUUAUCGUUUGGCCUUCCGCCGAACCCUGGUCGCCAUCUUUGUUCAGGGUCAAGUCGAGGUGAAAAGGUUGACAUUGUUUUUUUUGUUUUGCUCUGAAAAGGGGCGGAGACAAGAGAGAACUCUGGGUAAUGGAGGAUCUCUCAGCAAACUUAAAGAAGACUGUGGACAAUGAGACGUUCACUACUACUGCCAAAGACACAAAGUAGUGCGUGAGAAAACAUGGCUACCAGCGAGGUGAAGCUUAAGUGACUCCAAACAUUUAGAAUUGACAUGCAUGCUAAUCAAAACCAUCCAAUCUGCUUUAAGAAACCUAUGUUUUGAAUAAUGAUACCAUGUAAGGGCAGUGGGGGUGACGACGUAGAAGUUAAUGUUACAGUACUGUGUCUAUUUAACUUUAUUUUCUUAUGUUUUGGGUACUUUUUGGGGAUGGGGCUUCAUUACGCUUGAAACAAGGACUUUGGAGAACGUAUCAAGGCUUUUUUUCCUUUAAUUUAAUUUCCUCGGUUCCUUUGAACUCUCACACAGCCUUUGUCUCUUUUUUCUUUGUCUCCUUUUUUCUUGUUCUUUGGUUUUGUGUUGUUGUAAAUGAGAAUUUAAAAAAGCGUAAUGUCUUUCAAGGUGCCAAAACUGAAUGAUUCUGAACUUGGAUGCAUCAAGUCCUGAUGACGAAUAAAAAUGGAACCCCCCGUAGGGAACAGACA